CAAUAUUUAUGAGCAAAUGGGCAGUUGAGAUUCUUAAAACACACAAGACUUGGCUAUUUGAUGGGACCUUUAAGUCUGCCCCAGUACCCUUUUCUCAGGUAUAUAUUGGUAUGGCAGCAUCUGCAAGAUAGGAGGAAAGGGUAUACCUUGUGUCUUUGGUCUCCUUCCUAACAAGAAAAAAGAAACCUAUGACAUAUUCUUCAACAAGAUAAAGGAGCAUGUUGGGGAGCAAAACUGUCCUAAAACAAUCAUCUCAGAUUUUGAGCAGGCUGUGUUCUCUAUAUGUGCUAAAGUGUUUCCAACCGUGAGCCACAAAGGUUGCAGAUUUCAUCACAACGCUGCAGUUUGGAAGAACCUGGGAGAUCAUCAUCUUCAGGAACUGUUUAAUCAGAAUCCCAGGUUCCAGGAACUAAUCUAUCUGAUGUAUACACUCUGCUACGUACCUGUGGAUCAGGUGAAAAGCUAUUAUGAUGCAGUGAUCAUUCCCCAGGUUCAAGAAGGAGUUGAUCAUGAUCAAGAAUGGGAGGAUUAUGAUCAGGAUAUUGAUCGUUUUGGGUACUACUAUUCACAGACUUGGAUUGAAAAACGGGGUGGGAGGAGAGCAUUGUUCCCGCCAUGUCUUUGGAACCAGUACAGCACAGUUCUAGAGGAUGGAAUAGAAACAAACAAUAUGCUGGAAUCCUUUAAUCGUACCUGGAAUUUAUUGUCUGGGUACAGUCCAAAUUAUUGGCACAUUCAGGACCAGUUUGUCAAACAAGAUGCUGAUACAAGACGAGCAUUUCUUUCUAAUUCAGUUGGCCAGGAUAUGGCUGAUAAUACAGGCAGAAAGCAGAGAGCCAAGGAUGCAAAACAGAGGGUUAAACUGGUGGUAGAAGCUUUUGCUACAAUACCUAAAACUGAUUAUCUGAAAAUGCUGGCUCAUGAUCUCCAGCGAGCUAGUGCCCUUUAAGAAAAAAUUUGUAAACAUUAUUAUAAUACAUUUUUUUUGCUUUUAA